CGGAUGACUGGGAAGAAAUAAAUGAAAGCUUUAAAAAAGAAGUAAAAUUAGUUCAAUCAGAUAUACCAGAUGUUGUUGAAUAUUUUUUCGAUGAGGUGGAAAAGGUAUCCAAAAAAAAUGAGGAAUAUAUUAUCAAUGCGAUUGAUGAUUUGACUCCAGAGAUGAUAGAAAAAAAUAGAAACGUCAAAUUCAAUGAUGAGGAAAAGGAGAUCUUUAAUGGAUUAAGACGUGCCGUUAUUACCUAUGCCGAAAAUUUGAAGGAUCUUGAAGUUCCCAUAUCAGAAGCCGACUUUGACAAUUCAUUUACAAAUAUGUUAACAAAUAGAUUUUUAAACAAACGUGAUCUCAAAAUGGACGUAGGGGAAAUUGCUUGUUGGGCUUCUGCCCGUCGAAGAAACGAGGGACGCUCAAUAGUCCUCCGAGCACGCAUAGGCCAAAAGUGCGAUUUUCGGGGUACUUUGAAAAAUGGUAUUAAUAACCUUGAAGCCAUUAUUGACCUUGGAAGUGGUGGUCUCCCUGUUGCACAUCGCAAAAAAGUUCACGAGGAUAGAGCGGAUCUUUCCGUAGCAAUGCGCGAUGUUCUGUAUAAUUUUUUUAAACCAAAUCCCAAUGCAUCUGGAAAUGAGCUUCAUAGUACAUAUGUUCUUGGAAUUCAAUCGUGGGGUUGGAUCCACGAAGUUUAUGGCAUGGACUGUAAGGCUACAAAUGUAUUACGCUUAGGAAGGCUUUCUCAGAAAAAGAUGCCCAAUACUUUAAAAACGCUUGCAGUUCUUGAAGGCUUUUAUGCUACUAUGUUGGACAUCAGGUCUACGUUGAAAAUAAUUUGUGAUCACACAAAUGGUGUCUCGCUUUCACGUUUACAUAGAGAACGCAAAAGAAAAAUUCCAGUUUACAGUGAGCAAUCCGGAUUGUUCGGUGAACCCUCAUCUAGUCCAAUAAAGAAAGAAAAUGCCGAACUCAAGAAUGAAAUUGCAAAAUUAAAACGAGCUGUUAAGAAUAUUGAAAAGCAAAAUCGAACAGUUACUAAUGAUUUAGCUCCACAAGGCCUGCUUUCACAGAAAUCUCCAGAAUAUUCCACUCCAUUACCUAACAAGAGUUGCUCAAAUGGUGAAAAUGUGCAGAUUAAAGAUUCAACUCACCACGAAGCGGAUCAAUCCAUAACUAGCACUGACUUAGUAACUUCGGAACAGAUGCAAAUUUGCGUAAGAAAACUGAAAGAGCGAGAAAAAUUCUUAAGCUAUUUGGUGAUAGAGGAGUAG